AAAUGUGCCGGUUUUCUUAUCCAUGGAAAAUCUGUGUCCUAAUAUAAUUACUUCCACUGUUUCAGCAUGGAAAACGCUAAUGGAACACGUGUACCUGAAUCAUCAGGUCAUGUCAAUGAUGAUAAAGGAAAAGGUGUAUGCAGAAUUAAACCAGAAUUUAUUAUCGCAGACCCAGUGAGAGAAGCAUCUGAUCCUCGUCCUGACAAUGAAAAGUCUCUGCCUCUUAAUUCUGGGGAAAAAAAAUCAUUAACUCUUUCAGAUGAUGAACUUGUUGAUGAUGCGAAAUUCUCGUCUGACGAGCCUCCACGUAAGAAGUCGAAACGAGAGAAGAGAAAGGAGAAGCAAAAAGGUCAGAACAAGCAGCGACCCCCGCCCUUCAGGAGCCCCAAAGAGGAGAACCUUUGUCCCUGGCUGGUGGAUCAGGUGGCAACAGAGCCGGAGAAGAAAUGUCCCUCCCAAAACUGCAAAUUUCUGCACGACAGAGCUGACUACAUGAAACUCAAACAACCAGACAUAGGCGCGGACUGUUACGUCUUCAAUCUGACAGGCAGAUGCCCCAGGGGCACAGCCUGCAGAUUCGGUGCCAGUCACCUCACAGAGACAGGUAUGAACAUCAUGAAUCCUGAUAAAUACCAGACCUACAAGGAGAAACCAGCAGCCACCAAGAAUCAGAUCCCGGGACCCCUCCAGGACGAAUUACGAAAACGAAAGUACGAUUUUUCAAAAGCUGAGAAGAUCAUGAAAGAAACUGACGAAUUGCUGAAGGAGAAGAGAUCCCGAAGCGAUGACAAGUCUGACAAGCCUCCAGAAGCCCCUCAAAAAACUGAGAAGAGACUAGGCCCCGUCCUGAACACCGACUCGAUAAAGUUACGAGCAUCAGAGAAAAAGAGGAUAGACUGGAGGGACAAACUCCUCCUCAGUCCUCUGACAACAGUUGGAAAUCUCCCCUUCAGGAGAAUUUGCAAGGAGUAUGGAGCUGAUAUAACGUGCGGUGAGAUGGCACUUGCCCCGAAGAUCCUGAAAGCUGCUUCUGAGGAAUGGGCUCUGGUGAAGCGAUACGAGACAGAGGAUAUAUUUGGUGUUCAGAUCUGUGGGAAUAACACAGGUGUUCUCACCAGGUCUGCCCAGUUAUUGAAUGAACAAGCAGAGAUUGAUUUUGUCGAUUUAAAUCUUGGUUGUCCCAUUGAGCUGAUCUACAAACAGGGCGCAGGAAGUGGCAUGUUAACCAGGAGAAAUAUUCUGGAGAGUGUUGUCCAGUCUGCCAGUCGAGUACUCGAUGUUCCACUUACGAUCAAAACGAGGAUGGGUGUCUAUCAGGACAAACCCAUCGCUCACAAUCUCACUCCAUUAUUCAGGGACUGGGGGGCAGCCAUGAUCACUGUUCAUGGCAGAUCCAGAGAGCAGAGGUACACCAGAAGUGCUGACUGGGAAUACAUCGAGAGGUGUGCAGCUGCUGCCAGUCCAAUUCCUGUCUUUGGAAAUGGCGAUAUUCUCGGGUUUGAUGACUACCUCAGGGUCAGGGAGACCUGUCCGAGUAUUCAAGGUGUCACCAUUGGCAGGGGGGCCCUUAUCAAGCCAUGGAUUUUUACGGAGAUUAAGGAGAGGAAACUCAUUGAUAUGAACAGCUCUGAGAGACUGGGAAUUAUCAGAAAAUAUGCCAAUUAUGGACUCGAUCACUGGGGGUCUGAUACCAGGGGAGUUGAGACCACCAGGAAAUUCAUGCUGGAGUGGAUAUCGUUUUUGCAUAGAUAUAUUCCAGUUGGAAUACUAGAAUCGCCACCACAGAGGAUCAACGAGCGACCGCCAUUUUAUAAGGGUCGCGACGAAAUGGAAACACUCAUGGCCAGUUCCAAUUGUGCUGAUUGGGUGAAAAUAUCGGAAAUGUUUCUGGGAAAAGUUCCUGACGGUUUCCAUUUCCUUCCAAAACACAGAGCGAAUUCUUGGAAAUAAUGUAUAAUAUUUUCAAUAGAUA